UUCUACCUGAGUGAGACCUUCACCUCUCUAAACCAGUAACCACAGUCUCUAGGGAAAUCUCACUGAGAAUUUCAGUGUAUGAUAAAACCCAACAGGGAACUCAAACCUGGGCCAGAAGUGUGGCCUCGAUGGCCUCCUCCAUGCCCAGGUGAGGCCUCCUGCUGCCUCUGAGGAAGUCUUUAGGAGCUGUGUUGGCCGCUGGGAGGAUGCUGGGCCCAUGUCACCUCACAUUUGUCCUCCUGGCCAUGGCCAUCCCCUGCACUGGGACAUACCACACGUCACUGUGGACAGAAGACUGCGCAAAAUCAACAUAUCCUCCUUCUGGACCAACCUAUAGAGGACCAGUUCCGUGGUAUACCAUAAAACUUGAUUUACCACCCUAUAAAAGAUGGCAUGAAUUAAUGCUUAGUAAGGGACCAGUGCUAAAGAGUAUAAUGAAUUCCAUGAAGAGUAUAAUAAAUACACUUGCACCAAGUGGAAAAGUUAUACAGAUGGUGGAUCAAAAGUUGCCUAAACUGCUUGGCAAGUUUCCCAGUCCUUAUGAAGAGGAAAUGAGGGGAAUUGCAGAUGUUACUAAGAUACCUUUAGGAGAGAUUAUUUCAUUCAACAUUUUUUAUGAAUUGUUUACUAUGUGCACCUCAAUAAUAACUGAAGACAAGAAAGGUCAUCUACUACAUGUCAGAAACCUGGAUUUUGGAAUAUCUUUUGGGCGGAACAUAAAUACUAGUAAGUCAGUCAUAACUGAGCAACUAAAACCUUUAUCAGUGAAUUUGGACUUCCAAAGAAAUAAUAAAACUGUCUUCAAGGCUACAAGCUUUGCUGGCUACGUGGGCACGUUAACAGGGUUCAAACCAGGACUAUUUAGUCUCACAAUAAAUGAACGUUUCAGCAUACAUGGUGGUUUUCUGGGAGUUCUCGAGUGGAUUUUGGGAAAGAGAGAUGCCAUGUGGAUAGGGUUUAUCACUAGAUCAAUUCUGGAAAAUGAUGCAAGUUAUGAAAAAGCCAAGAAAAUACUGACCAAAACCGAGUUAUUGGUCCCAGUGUACUUUAUUCUAGGAGGUAAUGGUUCUGGGAAAGGAUGUGUGAUUACAAGAGAAAGAAAAGACUCUUUGGAUGUAUAUGAACUGAAUCCUAAGCAGGAUAGAUGGUUUCUGGUACAAACAAAUUAUGACUGGUGGAAAGCCCCCUUAUUCCAUGAAGAUGGCAGAACACCUGCACAGAUGUGUCUGAAUCACACCACCCAAGAGAAUCUCUCGUUUGCGACCUUAUAUGAUAUUCUAUCAACAAAACCUGUUCUCAACAAGCUGACUGUAUUCACAACCUUGAUUGAUGUUACAAACAAUCGCUAUGAAACCUACCUCCGGGAUUGCCCACACCCUUGCAUGGGCUGGUGAGCACGCCUCAGGCUACAGACUAUUCUGAGACAAGAAAAGUAAUAUCCAACAUGGCUGUCCAGUGAAGCUAUCUGAAUUCUUUCCAAAGGUCAAAGAUUCUAGGCUGUUGUGGGUUUUUUUCUGUAACACACAUACUAACUUUUAAAAAAUAAAGAUUAUU